UGGGCUGUUUUAUCCUGGGGACGACGAGGCUGGUAUACUGCUUGUACUACCUUGGGCAGAGCCGCGAAACGUCUUAAAAAAAGCGACUUAGUCCGCGACUCAACCCAAGAUUUUGUUUGGUAAAUUCGUUCCUUUUGUGUUCUGCACUAACAGAGCCCGAGUUCAAAACAUCACUCACAUCAAUGGCUGCCGUUCUCUCCCUCCACACCCUCUUUCUCCUCCCAUCAAACCGUUCCUCCCAAGCUAUUUCCACAAAGCCCCGGGCUGUCCUCAGCCAAGCCAACAAAAUGCGAGUCCCCUAUGUGCUGAGGCAGGGGCAGUCCCGUCUUUUCCACAAGCUCCCUUCUGGGCUGAACAUGGAGGUCAUUGUGCAAAAGGAAGACCCAUAUGAGAAAAAGAAGAGAAACACUGAAAACCCACCUCUGGUUUUCUUCCAUGGAAGCUACCACGCUGCUUGGUGCUGGGCUGAGCACUGGUUGCCGUUCUUUUCAAACUCUGGCUACGAUUGCUAUGCCGUUAGCUUGUUGGGGCAGGGUGAAAGUGAUGCGCCUGCUGGUUCUGUUGCUGGUACUCUCCAGACACACGCAGGUGAUAUUGCUAACUUCAUCAACAGAAAUCUCAAGUCACCACCAGUAUUGCUUGGACAUUCAUUUGGAGGGCUUAUUAUUCAGUCCUACAUUGCAAAUCUUAAGAAUGACCAACUCUUAGGAACGAGAAAUUUAUAUCCUGAGCUAACUGGCGCUGCACUUGUAUGCUCUGUGCCCCCUUCGGGUAAUAGUGGCUUAGUAUGGCGCUAUCUUUUUACCAAACCUAUUGCUGCUUAUAAGGUGACACGCAGCUUAGCAGCUAAAGCUUUUCAGACUUCUCUUCCUCUCUGCAAGGAAACAUUUUUCUCAGCAACUAUGGAGGAUCAACUAGUUCUGCGUUAUCAGGAGCUAAUGAAAGAAAGCUCAAGAAUGCCAUUGUUUGAUCUGAGAAAGUUGAAUGCAUCACUACCAGUUCCUUCAGUUCCAAAAUCUUCAAUUGAAAUUCUUGUGUUGGGUGCAAAGGAUGAUUUCAUAGUGGACAUGGAAGGUCUCAAAGAAACGGGCAAGUUUUAUGGCGUUUCACCGGUAUGUAUUGAAGGAGUUGCCCAUGACAUGAUGUUGGACUGUUCAUGGGAAAAAGGUGCAAAAGUUAUUCUAUCAUGGCUAAAUGGUUUGAAGCAAAAUGUUCCACUUUAGAACUGUGAUUUUGCUCAUUAAAUGUGAAAUCUGUGAUUUGGUUCGGAAGUGGCUCAUCUUUAGGGUUCAUUUCUGAUACUUGCGUGUUCUUUCAAGUGUAGCAAGUUGAUGUAUUCCACCUCGCAGUCGUUCGGCGAUUUGAAACCAAUGAUUCUGAGUCAAAGAUUCAAAUGUCCCCAAAUUGCAAAUUUAGAACCUUUUAAAAGGGUUGAUGACCAGAAUCAAAAUGCCAGAAUCAAUGCCGUAUUUUUCAAAAGAGUUAUGUGUUACUAACUAUGAGCA